AUGUCUAGCACCUCUGGCCCAGCUAUCAAGAAGCCCAAAAGAAGAGGCUUGCCGAAGACAAAAUCAGGCUGCAGAACUUGCAAACAACGUCGCGUGAAGUGCGGAGAAGAGAGACCCUUUUGCUUCCGCUGUAUAAAUUUUGGAGUCCCUUGCGAUGGGUAUGGCUUUCUUGACAACCCAGCCAACCUGCCAGGGCGUAAUUUCUUGAUUCUGCCCAGAUCACAAAGCGCAGCCCUUCCACUCCCUGUUCUCAACAACCCAGGAUCCUCACUCUUCAGCGCCGCGCAAGAAAGUCGAUAUUUCGAUGUCUUCUGCAACAAGACGGCUUAUGAUAUCCUGCCUACUUUCGACUCAAGCGCAACGGCCUUGAGGCAGGUCAUUCUUCAGACAUGUGAGAGUGAGCCUUCGAUUCGCCAUGCCGUUGUGGCACUGGGGGCAUUGGAUUUAGCUGCUCGGAGUCUACAGGACUUCUCCCCAAUGUCCUUGGAUGCUUGGAGAGAGACGCCUCUUCAGCACCACCAAAACGCACUGAAGCAGUAUGCAACUGCCAUUAAGGAAAUGCGGCAAGCUGCUUUGACGACCAAGCAAGAUUUACGGACUACGUUGCUGACGUGCCUGGUGAUCAUGUGCUUUGAAGCAUGGAAUGGGAACCAGGAUUUGGCGAUUAGGCAGAUUCAGAUGGGGUUUAAGCUUAUCCAAGCGUGGAGAGAGGAGGAGGUUGACGAGCAGGACGAGAGAAGGUUUGUAGGGUUGGAAUCUGCAAUGUCCGAUACUGUUGAGGAUGGGCUUGUGAGAGUCUUCAAAAGACUUGAUGUUCAGGCCAUAUCAUUCUCCAGCGAAUCCACACCAGAACGGCACGCCAUCGUUCUUAGUGGCGAAAGGAAACUCCUAGAUCGCAUGCCUUCAGUCUUCACCUCUGCCCGCGACGCAGCCACAUACGCCAAUGCUCUCGUCCGGCAAACGAUGCGUUUCUUCUCCGAACAGAUACCCCUUCCCAUCCCACCACCACCACCAGUAUACUUUCCCAUGCACGGCUGGUGGGGUGUCAAGAUCCCGCACGUAGUAUCCAUCCAGCAACGCAUCAUGACAGACGUUCUUCGUUGGAAAGCAGCCGACGCACCCUUCUGGCGUCGGCUCAAUAUGCAAUUCCAGGACCAUGCUCAUGAUCAUGGCGAGGAUUACUUCCUCGCAAGUGUCUCGCGUAUGCAUGUGCAAAUCCUGUGGAUCGGCUUGGUUACCAUCUGCAUGGACAGCGAGAGCGAGUUUGAUCAGUAUUUCGACAUAUUCCGAGAUGUCGUUGACUUAGCUGAAUACACUCUCACGGUCCAGAAUGCGAGAUCCAAACAACCCAAAUUUACUUUCGAUUCGCUAGUCGUAAUCCCGCUGUAUUUGGUUACUUUCAAAUGCAGAGAUCCGACGAUUCGACGGAAGGCUGUGAGACUGCUGUUAGAAAACCCUAGGAGGGAGGGUGUAUGGGAUAGUGUUCUUGGCGGCAAGAUGGGAGAGUGGGCUAUGACUGUUGAGGAGGAGUUUAUGGAAGAUGGGAAGGUUCCUGAGUGGGCGAGGAUUCACUGGGUUGCGCUGGAAAGAGACAAGGAGCAGAGGAGUGCGAUGCUGAGUUGUGAGCAGAGAGUUGGGCAGUACUCGGACGAGGUCAUCACGAGGCGGAAAAUUUUCACGUGGUGA